UCUUUGGUGUAGUGCACCAACGUAGUGAACACAACGGUGGUGUUUAGGGAUUCCACCCUUAGGAUCAAUAGAGUACAGAGUGGUGUCAGUGCACCAGUUCAAGAUGAUGAGUAGUCUUUUGACAGUACAUCCCGAGGUAGGCCAUUGAGAUGGUUCGACAGGUCUGAACUUUUGAAGUACUUCAACCAUGACUAAGAGAGAAGCAGAGGAACUGAUAGAAAUUGAGAUCGAUGGGACUGAGAAACCAGAGUGCACAGAAGAAAGCAUUGUGGAACAAACCUAUGCCCCAGCUGAAUGUGUAAGCCAAGCCAUAGACAUCAAUGAACCAAUAGGCAAUUUAAAGAAACUACUAGAACCGAGACUGCAGUGUUCUUUGGACGCUCAUGAAAUUUGCCUACAGGAUAUUCAGCUGGAUCCAGAACGAAGCUUGUUUGACCAAGGAGUGAAAACAGAUGGGACUGUACAGCUUAGUGUACAGGUAAUUUCUUACCAAGGAAUUGAGCCAAAGUUAAACAUUCUUGAAAUUGUUAAAACGGCGGAAACGGUUGAAGUGGUCAUUGAUCCGGAUGCUCACCAUGCAGAAGCAGAAGCACACCUGGUUGAAGAAGCCCAAGUGAUAACUCUUGACGGCACCAAGCAUAUCACAACCAUUUCAGAUGAGACCUCAGAGCAAGUGACAAGAUGGGCUGCUGCACUGGAAGGCUAUAGAAAAGAGCAGGAGCGCCUUGGGAUCCCCUAUGAUCCUAUACAGUGGUCCACAGACCAAGUCCUGCAUUGGGUGGUUUGGGUAAUGAAGGAGUUCAGCAUGACUGAUAUAGACCUCACCACACUCAACAUUUCGGGAAGAGAAUUAUGUAGUCUCAACCAAGAAGAUUUUUUUCAGCGGGUCCCUCGGGGAGAAAUUCUCUGGAGUCAUCUGGAGCUUCUUCGAAAAUAUGUUUUGGCAAGCCAAGAGCAGCAGAUGAAUGAGAUAGUUACAAUUGACCAGCCUGUGCAGAUUAUUCCAGCAUCAGUGCAGUCUGCUACACCAACUACAAUUAAAGUUAUAAACAGUAGUGCAAAGGCAGCUAAAGUACAAAGAUCUCCAAGGAUUUCAGGAGAAGAUAGAAGCUCACCCGGGAACAGAACAGGAAACAAUGGUCAGAUCCAACUGUGGCAGUUUUUGCUAGAACUUCUAACUGACAAGGAUGCUCGAGACUGUAUUUCUUGGGUUGGUGAUGAAGGUGAAUUUAAGCUAAAUCAGCCUGAGCUGGUUGCACAAAAAUGGGGACAACGUAAAAACAAGCCUACGAUGAACUAUGAGAAACUCAGCCGUGCAUUACGGUAUUAUUAUGAUGGGGACAUGAUUUGUAAAGUUCAAGGCAAGAGAUUUGUGUACAAAUUUGUUUGUGACUUGAAGACUCUUAUUGGAUACAGUGCAGCAGAACUGAACCGCUUGGUCACAGAAUGUGAACAGAAGAAACUUGCAAAGAUGCAGCUCCAUGGAAUUGCCCAGCCUGUCACAGCUGUAGCCCUGGCAGCUGCCUCUCUACAAACAGAAAAGGACAAUUGAGACAUAGGACCUCCUAGGAGUCUAAGGUUUUUCUUAAAUAUUCAGAGCAAGCUUUGCUCUGACCUUUAUUACUGAAUUUGAAUCUUAUUUCUAGAUUGUACAAUCUGAUGCAUGAUUUUUUAUAAAUAUUUCAUACUCUUGUGAAUUUGGAUCUUUUUACUUUGAGCAUAUAUUUUAGAAAAUGUAUGUUAAAGGAUUACUAUGAUGCCUGCAGAGUGAGAGCAGGUUCAUCGUGGAGUAGUUUGCUAACAGUCAGGAAAGCUAAACUGGUCAGUAUUAAUGUCUAGCCCUACCAAAAAUAGCCAGUAGCAUCUGAAGAUGAAAGUAAGGAAGCAUUUCCAGGAAACAGCCUGGUGUAGCCACUUCGGGAGUGUAGGUGUUUCCUCUCUGCUGCUUUACGUAGAGCCCAAAAAAGGAAAAUUUCAGCUAAAGCAUGUGUGCCUGUUUCAUCUAAUCAAGCAGAGCUAAACGUUCAUAUCAAAUAAAAUGAUAAUUACUAAACUAUCAGGUUAUUAAUUUAUAUAUUUGCAAGUAAAAAAUAAGUUAACUGGCAGAAGAGAGUGUUGAAUGAGACCCAGGUUUAAAGCUGGCUUAACUCAAACCAUUAUUAAUUGGUUUUCUGUAUAGAUUAUUCAUUAUGUCAGGCCAAGGACUUAAAUUAUUUAGAGAGGGCUAUUUAAUUCAAAUAAACCAGCUAUUGCAAAAAUUCCAAAAUGAUAUCAUUCUUUCUCUCAGAUUUUAAAAAGUAUACCUCAGUUAGAAAAUAAAAAUUUUGUUUCAUUUGACUCCUUUUUUAAAUUAAUCUAUAGUAUCAGAUUAUUAUGCAACACCAUUUAUAUAUUCAGUUCUGUGUUUCUGAUAAAAUGAAGACUUUAGAUCAGACAAAAAUGUUAAACCUUUGAAGAUUUAACCUUUGAAGGAAAUUACUUGUGAAUAGUUAUAAAAAGAUAUUUGACUUGGCACUGUAGGAGAUCUUCUUGAAAUAAACUUUCCCACUUGUUUCAUUUUUUUUUCUUUUUGAAUAUUGCAUAUGUGACUAAAACUAUUAUAUACAUGGCCAGCUAACCACUUUCUACAUAUAUGAAAACAUAAAUAUAUUCAAAAGGGAGAUUAUUAUUUCUAAAAUCUUUAAAUAAAACUUAUAUGAAAUGCCUUACUGCUUGCUAACACUAAGAAAUGGCUAGAAAAUUCUUUUUCUUUUUGUUUACUUUAAAGUAUUAUACAUAAAUCAUGAUAUAAGAAACCUAGCAUAUAGUUUUCAUAAUAGAAAAGGAAUACCUUUCAUAGUAUAAAGGGAUUCCUCAGAACAGUAUAAAGGGUACUUUACACACCUCUCUCAUUUGUUUUUCUUUCAAUUCAUGCCCAAAAAUGACUGUAGAAGAGCUGACUUGAGGGCAAGCACAUGUGACUGCCGCCUGCUGUGCUGCCAGGAUUGAGCAGUGGCUUGGCGGAUAGGGACAAAAAAGAAGUUGCUUACCUCCUACAUCAUGACUUCCAGUACUGUGCUAUCAGACUUCAACAAGUCCUGUUAGUUUGUUUAUAUUAAGUCCUUUAAGAUUAUACAGUAAAUACUUUAAAACAACUAAAUUGUUUUUGUUGUUGUUGUUGCCAGUAGGCUGGCAAAUUAUUAGUACGGUUUGAUCAGCAUGAUGUGAAUAUUGUCGGAGUAUAACAACAGUCUCUAGGCCCUGACUUCAGAUAACAAAAAAGUAGCUGUAAAAACGCCUUUCCCCAUCUUGAAGCCUGGGGACCCGUAAGCCACUGCUUCAAAACAGGACAUUUCUCUAUUACAUCCAGAGAUUGAGAGUCCUAGAGUUAGACUGUUUGGAAAUACUAUGUUAAAGUUCUAGACAAGAGGAUAGAUUUUAUGUCUCAUUUGUAGAAAUGUAUGUUUUAAAGGAAAGGAACAUCCAUAUUUCUUCUAGGUCCCUAAAAUUAAACAUUCCAAAAUGCUUACAAGCAUUCUGUAGAUUUUCUUUCUUUGGUAGCUUUUCUGUUAGUCGUAUUUUGAACAGAGUUCUCAGAGAUGAGAUGCUCAUUUCUUUUCACUUCUUGCAUCUUUCUAUGCACCUUCACCCAGGAAAUGAGAGGGAUUUCUCCUUGACUCAAGUUUUUAUUACUCUGUCUCCAGUUAGAUAUAAAAUAUUGUUGUUUUCCUUGAGGCUACAUUUUGCUAUCUUUUUAAAAACAACCCACGUUGUGAAAAAAAAAAAUAAUUUGUAGUAUUAUUUGCUCAGUUUCGUCAUGCAUUUUCAUAGAAUUUAAGAUACAGUCAAACAAAAAAUAUAAAAGUGUUUGUUGUACCUUGCAAGUUCAAGAAUAAUGAAAUGUUCAUUUUUGUUUUAAAACAAUUUUUCAUGUGGUGUUUACAUUGAGCUCAUUUAUACAUGUGCUAGCCUGAAGUCUGAACGUUUGUGUUGGCAUGGAAAAGUCCACCUUGUCAGGCAGAAUUGCUGUGUGGUUGAUCUCCACGCAGUGAAUUCACUGAUUACAUUCAUUUUGGUGUCAGUCCGUGUAAGUAAAUUAGGAAAAAUUAUUUAACUUUUCACCUCUGAUAAAUGGUGAUGCUCAAGUAUGAUUGAAAGAGCCAAAUAUUUGUGGCAAGUUCUGUUAUUUUCUGCAUUUGCCAUUUAUGCUACUGCCUUUUAUGAAGAACUAGUGUAUCCUUGGAAUAGCACAAAAAUGUUUUAAAAUUUAUAAUUGUAAAACAAACCUGGGACUGACUGAUCUUCAGAUCUAAAGGCUAUAAAAAUGUUGAUAUUUCAAUAUUUCACUUAUUCCCAAGAAAAAAUAUUCUCAGUCUUUUGUAGAAGGGAGGAGAAUUUUUGCAUACAUUUUUACUCUUUAAAUAAAGACACUUAUACUAUCAUAAUAACAAUUAUGUAUUUCUUUGUUUUUUUGUAAUUUUACAUAAAACAGUUAUUUUCUAUUUUUACUCAGAUAAAAAUAUUUGUGCAUAAAAUGUAAAAAUAGUAAAUGAGAAAAAUAAAAUUAUUAUACAAUAAA